AUUCUCAGGGAUGCCUGCAGAAACGAGAACAUCACAAAAGUUGUCCUCGGCUCACCUGGAUUCUAUGACCUCUUCCGACACGUUCAAGGCACUGCUUUUGACAUCAGUUCAGACGCCUUCGCUACUCUCAGGGAUCUACUCACGCGGCAUAAGCCUGAAGUUGCUGAGUUCCUCAUUCAGAACUAUGACGUGUUUUUCGCUCACUACCUCUCCAUGUUGACCUCGGACAACUAUGUUACGAAACGACAGGCCCUCAAGGUAGACAUUGUGUUUGGUUAA